AUGUGUGAAGGCGCGAAGACUCGCUGCACGCAAAUCUGCCUGCACUCGCUGCUCUCUGCAGAGCGCCCAGACGGGGGGCGCGCUCUCUGCGGGGCCGCGGCUGCCGUGCUCCCCGAAGGCGCCCGCACUGGGGAGCGUCGCUCGCGUCCGCGCGAGUCCCGGGACUGCCGCGGCAACGGCCGCGGAGGGCAACCCCACCACGAACCUCUCCCCCGGUGCUGUCACGCGCCCGGGGCGCCCCGCGGGGGGUCCGAAGCAAUCGCGCGGAGGAGGCGUGGGGCCAGCGGCGAAGACGUCUUCCCCAGGCUGCGCAUCGCCCUGGGCGCUGCCCACCCGCGCGGCUGCUCCCCACGCGCCGCCGGCCAUGGGUCCCGGCCCCUGGGGACGUCAACACGGCCGGUCCAACGCCGCCUCCCGAGCCCGGGGAUCCGGGCAGCCGGGACGACCCCGGCCGUGACAGGCACCGCGCAGCUUGCAGAGCCGCGGCCGGGAGUCCCCGCGCGGGCUGGAGUGCGGUGGGCCCGGGGAGCACGUACCUCGGAGGCGGUGUGUCAGGCGGAGAUCCGCCGCCGCAAGUCGGAGGAAAGCAGAGGAAAGUUUCCCCGCCCAGCGCUCCGGCAGCUGCUGCGCCGCGGCGCAACUACGCCAUCCGGACCCGCCGGGGACUUUCACCUCCUGCAGGGCGCCGGGAAAGCGGCCGCGCACGAGAGCCGUCGACUUCCCUCCUCACUCACUGGGAAGAGGAAAGCGCCGCUCGGCGUCCCCACACCCCUCGAGUACCCCCAUCGGGCCGACCCAGCGCCCUCGCUCUCCCUCGCACACACGCGGGCGGGGACGGGCAGGACGCCACAGCAAUCAGCGCGCGGGGGGAGGGGCGCUCCUCCUCCGCGGUCCCCGCCGAGCGCUGCGGGCUGCCCAGAAACUCCUCCUCCGGCCGCCCGCCUCCUCUCUCCUCCCCCUUUUCCUCCCGGGCUGAUGGAUGAGUCCCGAAUGCUGCGCGAGCCUGCGUUUCCCCUCGGGCGGAGAAGAGAGAGAGAACGAGCCCCGGGAACGGCCGGGCGGGUGCUGCGCGCCCGGCCUGGGACGGUGGGUGGGAGUCCCAGUCCUCAGGGCAGAGCGGGGGCCACAGGCGCGUACUGCAAGGAGUCGCUCCUUCAGAUUCGGUCCUUCAAAGUGUCCAGGCUCUCUGGAGGCAUCGGGUUUUUACUGGGUUCCCCUCCGUCUUGGUAUAAAACUUACCCUCUUGCUCACUCCCUGGCAAAACGCCCCCAAGCAACAUUCAUUCUGUCCCUGUUUGUUUUUCCCACCUCCAAGCCUGCAUGUAUCUCAAGAUGCGCGGAUGGUAGACACCCCGGGGGUCUUGACAACAGCUGAGAGUGCAUUACCCAGCCGUUACCCCUGCUCUCUAACUAAAGUAAUGCAAAUACAGGCUUUAGGUCAGCAUUACUGGCGUUACCCUAAGGUUGGGGCAAUAUAAGAGAUGGUGUCGCGGUCGUGCAGCUUCCUGCUGAAAUAUGCCGGUAAACUGUACUCUGCAGGAGUUGACGAAUGCAGUGAUCAGAACCCCUCUUUGUGACUCCUGUUUACACCCCGUUUCUCUAUUAAAAGUUGUGUUUAAAUGACAGGACACCUUUACCAAUAGGCUGAUGA